AACUAAUCAUAAAUGAACUCACUCAGUCGGUACGCUUCUAUACGAUUAAGAAUCUAAAGAUGGAGAUUAAAGUUUAAAGUCUCGACUCUCGACCAACUUAACCAUUAUUGUUUUUUGGUUUUCAAAAUUAUAAUGCAUCAUCAUUACCAAGUCCAACAACCAAAUUACAUCAGCACCGUGUAUAACUAGCUCAUGAAAGAGGCUAGCAAGUUUGUUGUAUUAAUCCCAGAAAUUCCAACAGGCAGAGCAAAAUAUAGUUAUGGAUCUUGACACUCUGUUCGAUGCCGCCAUGGCCGGAGAUACUGAUGCCACUGCCAAAUUGGAGAUGGAAGCUGAUACACUGUUCAAAGAUGAAGAAACCAUCCUUCACCUGCAAUCACAGAAGGGAAAUACAGAACGUGUGAGAUUUAUUUUGAGGGAAUUUGCACACAAAAAUCUUUUAACUAAGCUUAGUAGAUAUAAGCAUUCAGCACUUCACUUGGCUAUAUAUCGAGGAGGACACACCCAAGUGGCUCAGGUCCUCAUUGAUGCAGCUCGCCAUUUGCCUCCUCCUCCAGAUAAUGAUGAUAAUUCAGUUACUUCUUUUCAAGCUUUUCUCAGGCAAGGUGAUAAAGAUAUGGACACCGCUUUACAUGCAGCAGUCAAGUAUGGUCACCUGGAUAUUGUUAAGCUACUAGUAGAGGCUGACCCGACUGAUACACAUAUUCAAAACUAUGAGGGUAAAACACCAAUGUACAUAGCUGUGGAACAAGGGCUCAGCGAUAUAGCAGAGAUUAUCUUUAAAACUUGCACUGCUCCAUCUUUGCUCGGGCCUCAUGGUAGUACUGUGGUGCGUAUUAAAAAUCAGGACCAAGGUAAGAGCCAUGGGGGAACAGCAUACAAAAUUAUGGAUAGAUACGCUUUUUAUGUGGCCGCCAUUGAAGGAGAUGCUGAUGCAAUUCAUAAUUUGGAAGUGCAAGCUGAUAUAUUCAACCGAGGGGAAGAAACUAUCCUUCACGUUGAAUCUCAAAAUAAAUAUGCAGAACGUGUGCGAGUUAUUUUGAGGGAGUUUGCAAAAAAAAAUCUUUUGGCUACGUUGAUCACAUCAGAGGAACAAACUGCACUUCACUUGGCAGCAAUAAAUGGACACGCUGAAUUGGCUGAGAUCCUCAUCGAUGCAGCUAGACAUUUGCCUCCUUCAGAUGAUGAUAAUACUCGUGAUAAACCAGUUACUUCUUUUCAAGCGUUUCUUAGGCAACCUGAUCUGAAUGAGGACACUGCCUUACAUGCAGCAGUUUUGAAAGGGCAAGCUCCUAUUGUUAAGCUAUUAGUAGAGGCCGAUCCAAGUGAUACACAUAUUCAAAAUGAUGAAGGCAAAACACCAAUGUACAUAGCAGUGGAGAAAGGGUUCAAUGAUAUAGCAGAGAUGAUUUCUACAACUUGCAGUGCUCCAUCUUUGCUCGGACCUGAUUGUAGUAGUGUUGUGCUUAACAAGAAUUUCGACCAAGCUAAAAUCCCAGGUGGAAUCCUCUAUAAAAUUAUGCGCAAAGAUGCUCUGUAUGCAGCUGCCAUUGCCGGAGAUGCUGAUGCCAUAGCUGCAUUGGAGAUGCAUGCUGAUAAGCUGGACAUAAAUGACAGAACUAUCCUUCACAUUGAAUCCAGAGAAGGAAAUACAGAACAUGUGCGCUUCAUUUUGAGGGGAUUUGCACACAAAAACCUUUUAGUGAAGCAGGAUGAUCAAAUGGAGACUGCACUAACCUGGGCUGCAUAUUAUGGACACACUGAAGUGGCGAAGGUCCUCAUUGAUGCAGCUAAAAAUUUACCUUUUUCAGAAGAUUAUUAUCCAAUUACUUCUUUUCAAGCUUUUCUUAGGCUUGGUGACAAAGAUAAGGACACUGCCUUACAUAUAGCAGUCAUACAUAAUAAAGAAGAAAUUGUUAAGCUGUUAGUAGAGGCCGAUCCAAGUGAUACACAUACACAAAACAAUGAAGGUAAAACACCAAUGUAUAUAGCUGUGGACAAAGGGUUCAACGGUAUAGCAGAAAUAAUCUCUACAACUUGCACAGCUCCGUCUUUGGACGGACCAGAUGGUAGUACGGUAGUGCGUAUUAACAAUCUCGAGCAAGGUAAGAGCCCUGGUGGAACUCUAUUUAAAAUUAUGGAUAGAUAUGCUUUCUUCGUGGCUGCCAUUGCGGGAGAUGCUGAUGCCAUAGCUAAAUUGGAGACAGAAGCUGAUAUACCGAACGAAGGUGAAGAAACUAUCCUUCACGUUGAAUCUCAAAAUGGAUAUACGGAACGUGUGCGAUUUAUUUUGAAGGAGUUUGCAAAGAAGUAUCUUUUAUCCCCGCUUGAUUCAGAUGAACAUACCGCACUUCACUUGGCAGCAAAUAAUGGACACACUGAAGUGGCUGAGAUCCUCAUCGAUGUGGCUAGACAUUUGUAUCCUUCUUCAGAUAAUGAUAACACUCAUAAAAAUCCACGUACUUCAAUUCAAGCUUUUCUUAGGCAAUCUGAUCUAUAUGAGGACACUGCCUUACAUGCAGCAGUUAAGAAAGGGCACGGUCCUAUUGUUAAGCUAUUAGUAGAGGCCGAUCCAAGUCAUACACAUACCCAAAAUGAUGAAGGCAAAACACCGAUGUACAUAGCAGUGGAGAAAGGGUUCAAUGAUAUAGCAGAGAUCAUCUCUACAACUUGCACUGCUCCAUCUUUGCUCGGACCUGAUUGUAGUAGUGUUGUGCGUAACAAAAAUUUUGACCAAGCUGAAAGCCCAGGUGGAACCCUCUACAAAAUUAUGCACAAAGAUGUUCUGUAUUCAGAUGCCAUUGCCGGAGAUGCUGAUGCCAUAGCUGCAUUGGAGAUGCAUGCUGAUAAGCUGGACGGAUACUUUGAAGAAACUAUCCUUCACACUGAAUCCAAAAUGGGAAAUACAGAACACGUGCAAUUUAUAUUAAAGGAUUUUGCACACAAAAAUCUUUUGGUGAAGCUUAACAGAUAUAAACAGACUGCACUUCACUUGGCAUCGUAUGAAGGACACACAGAAGUGGCUGAGAUCCUCAUUAAUGCUGCUAAACAUUUGCCGCCUCCUUCUUUAGAUGAUGAUGAUGCGGUUACUUCAUUUCAAGCUUUUCUUAGGCAAGCUGAUAAUAUGAUGGAGACUGCCUUACAUAAAGCAGUUAAGAAGGGCAAUGUGGCCAUUGUUAAGCUAAUAGUGGAGGCCGAUCCAAGUGAUUCACAUACACGGAACAGUGAAGGGGAAACAGCAAUCUACAUAGCUGCCGAAAGAGGGUACUAUGAUAUGGUGAAGAUGAUCUCUACAACUUGCACCCCUCCACUUAAUUUGGAUGGUCCUGGUGGUACUACCACUGUUUUACAUAUUCUUAUCGACAAUCUCGACAAAGGCGCAGAAGAAGAAGGUACGGCUGUGAUUAAGUUAAUCAUUAAAGCGGUCAAACAUGCAAAUAAGCAUGGGACCUCAGACGAGAGAGAUCAAAGGUUAAUGCAGUUCUUUAAUAGGACUGAUGAGAAGGGACGUAUGAUUUUAGAACUGGCAGUAGAGGGAAAUCAUUUGGACUUAGUUAAAUUGAUAUUAGCAAAAAAUCCAGGUUAUGGCCCGCGCGUGUGGCGCAUGUUUCCUGAAUUGAUAGGACGUUUGUUUGAAUUGACAUUUGAAAGAAAAUCAUUUUAUGAGCGGCGCAUGUAUCCUGAAUUGAUGGGUAUCAUGCCUUUAAUUUACAAAGUCAUGGAGAGAGAGAAGGAGAAGGAGAACAAUGAUAUGGUCAAUUUACUCACUCAAACAUACGAAAGAGUUCAAAUGAUUGGCUUCCAAACGAAGGCCAAUGUGCACCUAUUGAUAUCUGACAUGGACAGGGGCGACGAAGAAUAUGUCCUCAGUGUGCUAAAUAAUUAUGACAUCAAAGAGCUUGUAACAUUUCAUGACAAUCUUGGAUGGACAGCACUUCACCAUGCAGUAUAUUAUCAACAUAAUUUGAUAAUGGUCAAGAUAAUACAAGCACAAAAGAGAUAUGGGCAUGGAUUUGUAUAUCCAGAUAGGAUAUCAACACCGUUCCAUAUAGCAGUCCAGAAAGGAUAUAUGUCUACUCUGGAAAUUUUAUUAAGGUCAUGGCCAGCUUCGUCUUUGACAUUUACUGGUAGUGAUAAAAAGGGGCAAAAUAUACUACAUUUAGCAGCAUUGCAAAGUGGAAAAGAGAUGAUACUGUGCAUUUUAAAACAUUGUCCAGAAGUGUGCAAGGAGAAGUUUGUAAACAAGAAGGAUGAUGACGGUGAUACACCUCUUCACUUACUUAUUGGCCGUGGUUGCUUCAUUCCAGAAUUCUGUACAUACAAAGGACUUGAUACAGGGAUAAAAAAUAAGAAACAAUGGACUCCUCGUGACAUGUUGUAUUUUGAAGAUGAAAUCAUGGAGGAUCAGGUACAAAUCAAAAUUAUACUUGACGGUAUUCAAACUGAUCCUACAAGGGAUAAUAAAUAUUCUCGUUCUGUGGUUCUAAGUAGACGACUGAGAAAAGAUGUGAUUUUUAAUGAACGAGCAAAAUUGAUGAUACAUGAAAAGUAUACAGGGAUGAAAGAAGAUCAUGAUGUCAUUGCCAGUUGUUUUACGGAUGCCAUUGGGGGAGAUCCUAUUUCAAAAGCUGCAUUGAGAAUGAAAGCUGAUAAACUCAACAAAUCGGGAGAAACUAUCCUUCACGUUGAAUCAAAAAAGGGAGAUAUUGAAAACGUGCGAUUCAUUGUGAUUGAAUUUGCAAAGAAAAACCUUUUAGGCAAGCGGGAUAGAUUGGAACAAACUGCAUUUCACCUCGCGGCACAAAAUGGACACACUCAAGUGGUUGAAGCUCUCAUUCAUGGGGCCAGACUUCUACCUUCUUCAAAUGAUUGCCAUGUUCAAAACAGUGAAGGCAAGACUCCAAUCUACAUAGCUGCAGAAAAUGGUUACAAAGAUAUAGUAAAGGUGAUCUGUAGGGAUUGCAAACUUCUGGUUUUAGAUGGUCCGGGUGGUAGGACAACUGCUCUGCAUGCUCUCAUACAGAAUAUAGACCGAGAAGGAACAGAAGGAGAGUGCGAUGUGAUUGGCAUGAUGGUUGAUGCAGCCAAACGCUGGAGUAGUGCACAGGAUUUUGAAGCAUUAUUUAGUAGGACAGACGAGCUGGGAAGAACUGUCUUGCAAAUUGCUGUGGAGAGAAAAGAUGUGAACGCUGUUAAACUGAUACUGAAGGAAGAUCCGGCCAAUCAACCUGGUGGUGAAAUGAAAAGAAAUUGUCUCAUGCGUUUAAUCUGCAAGGCCAUUGAUGACGAGUGUAGUGAUGACAUUAUCAAUGCACUCUCUGAAACAUACAAAGCUGGAAUAAUCGACCAUGAUCCCGCUGACGUGCUUGACUUAAUUCGUGCUAUUCAAGAGCUUGAUAAAGACUCUGUAUUAAGUCUCUUGAGAAAGGCCAAAAAGCUUGUAACUUUUAAAGAGGAUAAUGGGUGGACACCACUUCACUACGCGGUGUAUUACGAAUUUGAUGCCAUACUUGAUGCCCUAAUAAGAGAACAAAAAGAUUUGGAACACCCAUUUGAUUACGAAAAUAUGGAAGCAACUCCAUUUUAUGUAGCCAUCGAACGUGGAUAUACUUCUACAUUGGUACGACUUCUGGAGUUAUGGCCAGAUUUGUCUUCUGAUGAGUGCUCUCCAUACACACUCAUUACUCAAGAUGAUCAAAAUAUACUACAUAUGGCAAUUGUGGCUCCUGCUGCUGAAAAUAGAAAAGCUGUUGCAGCGGCUGCUGAUAGUGGAAAAGAGAUGGUACAAAUGGAAUUAAGGCCAGCUUUGUCUUCUGAUGAGCGCUCUCCAUACACAUUCGUUACUCAAGAUGGUCAAAAUACACUACAUAUGGCAGUUGCACGUGCUGCGGAAAAUAGAAAAGCUGUUGCUGUUGCUGUUGAUAAUCAAAAAGCUGUUGCUGAUGCUGUUGAUAAUCGAAAAGCUGCAGCUAACAGAAAAGAGAUGGUACAAAGUAUUUUGAAAUAUUGUCCGAAUAAAUACAAGGACAAGAUUUUGAAACAGAAGGAUAAAAAUGAUGAUACUCCUCUCCAUCUACUUAACUACCAUGGUUGUUUUAUUCCGGGACUAAUAAAACAUAAAGGAAUUAAUACAAUGGAAAGAAACAAGAGAGAUUUUACUCCUCGGGACAUGCUUUAUGUUGAAGAUGCUACUGUUGCCGAUCAGGUGCAUAUUAAAAUUGCCCUUGAUGAGGUCCUGACUAGUAAAUCAGGCUGGAAGCUUUGGGGUAAAAGAACAGAGAAGAAAGCUGAUAUUUGGAGAUGUAAUAAAACCCCCCCAAGUAAACGAAAGGAAAAAGAUGUGAAAUUUGAGGAAGAGAAGAAAACAUUAGAGAAACAGAGGACAAAAGAUCGAAAAACAUAUAAAAUGAGGACCAACACCCAGAUACUAGUUACUGCACUGAUAACCACAGUAACUUUUACGGUAGGAUUUACUAUGCCUGGUGGUCUCCAUCAAAGUGGAGAGGUUGACGAAGGACUAGUGGUUCUUUCCAAAAAGAGAGCUUUCAAUGUAUUCAUGGUAUCGGAUGCACUAGCUCUACUAAUGUCAACAUCUUCAUUGUUUUUCUACUUCCUCGAGUCGAUGAAUGAAGAUAUCCACCAAGUGUCACUGCUUAAUGCUUCAUCAACUGUGCUUAACAUUCUUUCUAUUUCGGCAAUGAUGGUGACAUUUAUUGCAGGAACGUAUGUGGUGUUAUCCGAAACACCAGUUCUUGCCAUAGCCAUAUGCAUCAUCGGUUCUCUCUUCUUUCUUCUUAUUCUUAUUCUUUGGAUCAUCAAGAUAGUAUUUGAUCGUUACAAAAGAAAUAAAGAUUGAGUAUGCAUAUCGUUAUUUCCACAUGUUUUAAUGAAUCUUCAAAUAUCAUGAUGUAUUGUGCUCGACUCCUAUAUCAAGUGAUCUGUAAUUGUGUACAUGCUUCGUAACUAAUACUCGUUUAAUGAUCUCAAUAUUAAUACCCUCAA